AUGGCUUCCGAUCUUUUCCCAAGCUUCACGCGCCAAUGUAUCAAGACCUCAGAUGGUGUUCCCAUCUUUGUCCGCACCAAGAUUGACUCUACAAAGCCCCCGCUUCUCCUCCUCCACGGUUUCCCUCAGACACACGUCGAGUAUCACCGUGUCAUACCCUCCCUUCUCCCUCACUUUAGUAUUAUUCUCUUAGAUCUCCGUGGAUAUGGCGAGUCAGCCACCGUUCCAAGCACCAACGGAUCCGGCUAUUCCAAGCGGCUAAUGGCCAACGAUUGUAUCUCCGUCGUGUCACAGCUAGGAUACGAUAAAUUCCUCCUCGUUGGACAUGAUCGUGGCGCCAGAGUAGCGUACCGCCUAGCAUUUGAUCAUCCUGAGGCAGUCUCAAAGGUGGUCGUAAUCGACAUCAUCCCGACCGCAGCAAAGUUCCAAGGGUUUGGGGAUGUCACCGCUGGGCUGAAAGCCUAUCACUGGCUUUUUCUCGCUCAACCUGAUCCUUUCCCCGAAACCAUGAUUCAAGGAGCGGAUAAUGGCAAGCACUACUUGGAACAUACCUUAGCCAGUUGGACGAGGAAAAAGACACUUGAGGACUUUGACGAGAGGGCGCUCGAGGAGUAUAGAAAGGCGUACUGCAACGAAACGAGAAUCCAUAGUACCUGUGAGGAUUACAGAGCUGGGGCAUUCCUGGACAAGGCCUACGACGAAAAGGAUGUGCAGGAGGGAAAUAAGAUACAGGCUCCCAUGUUGGCCAUUUGGGGCAACGCGGGAGUAUCUGCCGAGUCAUUGCAAAACAAGCCAGAAGGGCCCCUUGAAAUCUGGCAGAAGUAUGCCCACAAUGUAUGUGGCAAGGCGUUGGAGUGCGGGCACUUUAUUCCCGAAGAGGAUCCAGAAGGUCUAGCGGAAACACUGAUACCAUUUCUCCUGCAGGAGUAA